GUCCCUGUGAACAAAACCAACAAAAUGCUACAGUCUCCAGUUCAACCAGGCACACCUCAUGGGGAGUUCAUCAGAAACACCUCUCUGAUAAUUUGGGAUGAGGCACCCAUGGCCAACCAUGCCAUUCUCACAUGUGUUGAUGAGGUUUGCCAUUUGCUGAUGGAUCAUGACACCCCAUUUGGUGGAAAGGUCAUUAUACUCCUUGGUGACUUUUGCCAGACCUGCCCUGUUAUUUGA